AUGGCUGGACCAAACCAACGAAAGCGAAAGCGCGAUCGUCAGAGGCGCUUGCAGCAGCAGCAGAUCAUUGACGACAGCAAGAGUGACGACAAGAGCGAUGUCAAGAAUGACGGCAAGAACGAUGACAAGAACGACAGCAAGAGCGGCAGCAAGAACGACAGCAAGAAAGAAGGCGGCGAGUACAAGCAGGACCGCUAUGGCAAGGACGAUGACGAUAUCGCAGGACAUUCAUCGAAGCGUCUCAAGUCUCAGCAUCCCAACGACCACGACAGCUCACAAAUCUCCUUCACAACCUCACCCGCAUCGGAUGCCCCUGCCACAAAGGCAGUCAAGAAUUGGACCCCCAUCACUACAAACCCUGCCGGCGCGGAGAUCAACGCCAAAGAUUAUUGGCUGUACCGGCAACUAGGCCAUCAAACUGGUUCACUUGACCUUCGGUCCAUCCAGCACCAGACCCCAGAUCGCACAUCAAUUUCUUCCACCGCCGGCUUCGAAGUGGUGACGUCUUACAAUUGGCUGAACAAGAAUACGAUCAUGGUUCCUGGGGCCGCUCCCGCCUUGAUUCAGCGCAACCUUCCACUCCAGAUAAAUCCCGACAAGGGCACCUACCAUAUCGAUAUCAAUGCUUUUAUGAAUUCGAACAUGCCCUUUGAACCGAUGUUCAGGGCUAUUGAGGCCGACGUUUCCCCUCCAACGUUUCGCUCGGUGGAUGUGGUCGUGAACCGGAACAGCUUGAGACAAUUGUUCGAUUUCGUCAAGGGCGGGAAGAAGGACUCAUUCAGGGUCCAGUUACACAUGGUCAGAAACACACUCUUCAUCACCCGCCAAGAGAAGAACAACCAAUACAGCAUGGGCUAUCGGAAGUUCUACUCUUUCGGUCACUCGUUCGAGGAGGAAUUUACGGAGCACGCCAAGGACAUGAAGGGCAGCCUCUCGCACCAUCGCGCAAUUCGAUACCAGUUCGGUGACCUCAGCCUCGUCGUUCGCCAUGAGGUCGACGCAGCCCAGCCCGCUCCGGCCGCUUCGCCUACGCUUUCCGGGGAUUCGACAGCUGUGGAGGCAAAGGUUGUGAAGGAAGUCGACGUCUCAUCAGUCAAUGAUGCCCGCGAAUUUGAGCCCGCUCGCGACCACAGAUCCUUCAUCGGCACUAGCAAGAAGAAAAGACAGAAGACUACAGUUUUACAGUGUGGCACCGGAAACCCUCCUUCCGAUCUGGUCGAGAUGAAAGCGAGACCUAAAUUGAGGCUGUCUGAAGUCAUCGACCAGAUGUGGUUCGGAAGGACAAUGCACCUCGUCAACGGCAUCCAUAAAGGCGGCGAGUUUUCGGCAAUCAAGCGUGUCAACUGCGAGCCUCUCUUCCAGCAAUGGGAGCAACAGCGUCAGAAUGAUCUCUCAAGGUUCGAGAGUCUGCUUUCCUUACUUCGACGAGAAGUCAGUGCCGGGAAGGGCAACAGUCUGGUCGCUACCCAAUGA